GUGAACCGAUAUUUCGUGGGGUCACGUGAGUGAUCCACAGAUCACGGAUCGCGGACCAGAACCCCAGAUACUUCGAGCUGUACCGCUUUGUCCAGCUACUUUCGGUUCCAUAACAGCAACCUACAGGUCAGGCAGAACGAUGUCUAAAGAUUUCAAUCCCGAGAAUCACGUAUUGCUUGAGCAAUCGCUGCUCAAGCUACCUCAGCAGCAAAUGCGCCAGACCUUCAAGACCUCCCAGAAGUAUAUCGAGCGCGAUCUUGCGUUUCUGAACAAUGCUGCUUCAGAGGCUCUUGAGUCUUGCAACAGUGGGAAAGCAUCACCUGAUGACUCGCUGUCGCAGCUCGACGUUAUGAUCUCGCGGCUACAAGGGCUGAAGCGGAAAAUGGUUAACCUGCAAGCCGAGGAGGAUGUGUAUAUGCGCAAGUCCAAGGCACGGAUUUCGCAUCUUCAGGCGCUGUAUUCUAUUUCUAGCAUUGAGGAUAAGGAUUAUGAGCGGUGGAAUCAGAUCAGAGUCAACCGGCUGUUGGUUGAUGACGUCUUGCGGAAUGGGUACGUUGAUACCGCGAAGGCAUUAGUGGAUGCAAACCCCGAAAUUGAAGAUCUUGUGGAUAUGGAUAUCCUCGUCCAAUGCAAGGCGAUAGAGACCUCCCUUCGAGCUGGUCGUACCGAUGAGUGCCUCGCCUGGUGUCAGGAGAACAAGAGCUAUCUGAAGAAAGCCCGGAGUUCGCUGGAGUACGAAGUCAGACUUCAGCAGUAUGUCGAAUUUGUUCGCACAGGAAAAACUGUCGAUGCUAUCUCUUACUAUCGCAAGUACCUUGUUCCGAUUGCCGAUGUGCACUUUGAUUCUGUGAUUCGAAUUGCAGGAAUGUUGGCGUUCUCCCCCGGUAGUGACCAGGAGAGUCCGUAUCAGGAUCUCUUUUCGGCCGAACGAUGGAAUCAUCUGGCAGAAACAUUCGUCUCAACUCAUCACCUGAUGCAUGGUAUCACGAUGCCCUCGUUGUUACAGAUCACUCUUUCAGCUGGUCUAUCUGCGCUCAAAACCCCAUCUUGCAAAGCAGAGAAUCACCCCAUCACAUUUGUAUCAAAUUAUAACUCGUCUCUGUGCCCAAUAUGCUCCCCAGAAUUGAGCGAGCUAUCGAAGUCACUGCCAUACGCGCACCAUGUGCGUAGUAUGGUCGAUCCUGAACCGGUCAUGUUGCCGAAUGGACGGAUUUAUGGACAUCAAACAUUGAUGGACUUUGCUGCGAACGCAGGCUUACCUGCUGGACGUGUGCGUGAUCCCACUACGGGUGACGAGUGGGACGAGAAGGUGCUUCGGAGAGUCUAUCCUAGUUAAACUAGAGUCUGUAUGCUUUAUGUCGGUUUUCUUUGCAAGUUUAGCAGGUCGCUGUAUUGUUUUGAAACGCGUCCUCUGUGAUUUUCUAUGUUAGUUCUGGGCAUUAUUUGGUCUGGGAAUGGAGUUUUGUCAACGGCUGAGACAUUAUGGUUCUAUAAUAAUACAUGAUACAAACACAACAUAAUAUAC